GGGGACCGCACUCAUCGCUCCUUACAGUGACGACAUCUGAUGAAAACUCCUUCGUUAUCCAAUCAAUCACUUUUGUCUUUCUCCCCUAUAUAUAUUCAUUACUCUUUCUCUUAAUCUUUCCUACUCCAUCUUCCUUAAAUUUUCCAAUCUCCUAAGAUUUCAUUUCAAGGGUCCCGAUUGAACGUGGUUGUUUAAUUUCUUCCAGGCAUGGCAGAAGAGUACCAAGAAUCCGAGGUUGUGUUUCAAGAAAUCCCUGGCUUUGAGGGGGUUGAGGACGACGACGACGACGUCGUUUCGGCGGGUCGACGGCGAGGAUCGAGAAAUAAGAAGCAGAGGAGGCCGGUGACGGCGCCGGAGCCGGCGGCGAGGAGGGAGUCGAUUUCGCUGCCGGUGAACAUCCCCGGAAACUGGCCAUCGAGAACGGCGCCGUGGGUCGGCGGUGGGUCGGUGGAGGACGACGGGGAAAUGGUGCCGCCGCACGUGAUCACCGGCCGGAGAAUCGCUGGGAAAAUGAUGGCGUUUUCCGUCUGCACCGGAAAUGGGCGGACUCUCAAGGGCAGAGAUUUGAGCCAAGUUAGGAAUUCUGUUCUUAGGAUGACUGGUUUUCUAGAAACUUAAAAUUAAGAAAAAAAAAUGGCAAAAAAAAAACCCAUUUUUCAUUGGGUUUUUGCCUAAUCCUUUCAAUUUCCAUUCAUUGUACUCCAAAGUCCAAACAUUUUUUCCUUAAAAGAAAAAGCAAAAUUAAAUUAAUCUCAAGUUGCGAUUGGCUCAA